GCGUAUGUUUGCGGAAUCACGUUCGCGAGCAUUCUUGUUCUUGGUUCUCGGGAUUAUAGCAGGCUGACAGGUCAAUUCGCCUCGCCACAAUUCUUUAGUUGUAGUAACAUAAACGUUAAAAGGCCUUGUGACAGUUCGUCGCAAUGAUGCGCGAACCAUUUCGAACAGACGGUCCGGUACAAUAAUGACGAAUGAUGCGAAUCGACGUGUCUGCGGAUCGAAAUAUGCAAGGCAAGUAUGAAACAGUAAAUAUGCCUCAUGGCUGGAGGCAGGAACGACAAGCAAAAUGGAAAUUUAGACAAAACGCAUCAGUGGCUAUGCCACAAUAGUUUUGACUCUUCUGUAACACUUCAGUCCCUUCCGAGUAAUGAAUUCAAAAAACGGAAAAGUGUGGAACAACAUCGCACUAUUGUCAAAAAUAUCAAUCAAUUACAAGACAGUACUCUGAGAAUAUAUACGGAUUCCUUGUAUUGUGAUCUUAAUAUAAUACAUGGUUAUAAAGUAAUACGUAUAAACCAAUGUAUCAUUAGAGCAAGAUCGCCUCACUUGUAUGAAGUUCUCAAGCCUUAUUUCAUUUACACUAACAAAACCAUCCAUUGCAUUCUUGAUAAAGCCGGACUUUUUCAUCAGAUUGAAGGUUUUGUAAGACUUCUAUAUAGUAACUUGGACUUUACUCAAGAAGAGAAGUUGUUGGUGGAAAUAAUUCUGAAUACAAAUUACAAGUGUUGCUCUUUAAAUGAGUCUGAUAGCAGUAUUAUAUCCCACAUUGAUGACAGAAUAUGCGAGAAAUGUUUGACGUCAGACUGUGACGCACAACAACAUCUACAAGAAGUGAAGGAAUAUGUUAUAGCGGAUGCGAGUCCUACUGCAUCAGAAAUGGCUGAUUCCGGUCUGGAGACAGGUUCGACAAGUCCACACGAGAAUACGACUUAUUCCGAGAACUCCAGCACGGAUUUGGAAGUAACGCCAGCGGUCACGGAAUAUACUUCCGCCAAUGACGAUGAUUCGGAUCGGAUACGUGCCGAGCGAAUACGCGAUAGAAGCGGUCGUAAGACAUUCUUAUGCAACGAGCAUCGCGAAUUACUCAAUAAUGACGAUUUCUGCGGGAAGAAUGCAACGCAAUCCGAAUCGAAUAAUCAUAGCACAACGUGCUCCUCCCUGGAAACAGAGCAUCCGCCCGCGGAUAAUACCUCGGAUAACGCACGGGAGGCGAAACUGAAUGCCGAAGAGAUCUUCCAAUAUGAGAAUCAGAUGUUGAGCGAACCGUUCUACGAAUCGGACUGCGGCAGCGAUGAAAACGAGUCGUUUGAAUUUAUCGAGCCCGUUCCUUCGGCGAGCGGUGAUCACGAAGAAAAAUGCUUCGCGAAAUGUAAAUUGGAGGGGAAAAUACAAUCAGAUGCGGAAGAAUCAGAAAGUACGACGGUCGAAACGGAAUCUGAUCAUUCUCGCCCUACUGAUAGCGCGACUGGCCGUAACAGUUCGUCCACGAGCGGUUAUUACUUCAUCGAUGCAUCUACUCUGAACGACGAGAUAGACAUUGUAUCUACGAAUAUAACAAAAAAUCAGUAUGCCAAUAAUAACUCGCCGUAUUUCGCGUUUUCUUCAAAUUACACGGAUUUCAAGUCAUCGGACAAGCCGAAUAAUCCCGUAGAAGAACAAUCGUAUAAGUUUACACCGCUUAAGACAUUGACUUUGCAAACUGGUCACAAACGAGUGGCGGAGUUUGAGCGAGAGUUGAAACUCACGGAAUAUCUGCAACCGCUUCCAGAAUCGCGUAAAGUAAAACGAGUAGAUUCCGCAUCGGAGGAAAAAGCGGACGGGAGCAAACCGACGGAGAAGGAAUCACUGGCGGUAGAGAUUAAAGAGGCGGACAGUGGAGAGAGCGCGCAUCCUUCCCCCUGUCCUGACAAUAACACGAGAUUGAGCAACAAUCGAAAUGAGAAAACAGAAACGUCGAGCAAUACCGAGGCGAUGGAAAACGAAAACAUUAGAGACGCGACUGCGAAAGAGGACAGGCGAUCAUCACUCAUCAGAAGAAAUACAUUCGAGCUUGACUCUAAUGAUGAGAAGUUGUCCGCUUUAAGACAAGAGUACGAGCGUCGACAAGGUAAUCUCAUCUUUCAAAGUGCCAUUCCGCAAUACUCGGGACAUCGCGUGGACGGAGACUCCAUUUGCCACGCAUCUUCCGAUUCCGUAGUUUCUGUUACGGUUACCGAAUCGUCAGUUACCUUUACACCCGACGUUCAGAUAGCUGCUAACACUCAGCACCCUGUUACAUACCAUCUGUUGGAUAGUUGUGAAUAUGAUCAAAGGGAAACACCACAAAAGAGUUACUUACAAUCCAACCUCAAUAGACCUUGCACGAUUUACCCCGUAAUUAAGAGUGCCAGCGACAAAUCUAUCUUAAAUUGCGGUACGGACUUGGACGACGCGUCCACUCAUUGCAGCAACAGUUUGCCAGUUACUCUGAACUCUAUUCUGGAAAAGAGUAAUCAGUUAGAGCCUAUAAAGAGAAUUAAACGAAGCGACGAAGCUACUCCGAUUAUCUCUGGUGGUGUUAGCAGUUCGGACUAUUCCUUCAAACCUUCGGACAGUCCCACAGUACGGCGCAAAACAGAGUCCACACCGAUUGUAUCAGGUGGCUCGGUGAUCAUGAACAAGUCUGAAGUCAAAACGCGACCCUCCAGAAUGUCUUCCUCCAUGACCGCCUGGGUAGUCGAUAUGAGCGACUGCAGUAAACAGGAAUCCGGAUCUCGAAACAACUCGCGGAAUAUGUCACAAAGCUUCUCCACUUCCGAAUGUGUCAAGAAACCUGUGCAAAAACCAUCAAUCAAUCAUGAGAAACAGGGUAGUUUAGGAUUCUUCGUUAAUUUAAAAGACGUGAAUGACAUCGAACUAACUAAACGCGAUCACUCGCUCGAAAGAAAGGAACGUGAUGGUAAUGGUAAACCUUACUGUGAAUUUUACGUAGAUAUCUCUGAUAAGAAUAAUGAUAUUAAAAUCAAGCCAUCCGAGAGGCGAGACGAGAAUGUUAAAAACGAUAUUUCUAAGGAAGGUGAGAAGAAGAAUAUUUUUUCAAUGUUUAUCGAUUUGAAUGAUACGCAUGACGGGAGCGAUGGAGACAUCACAGUUCCGAAGCACAGACGAAGUCUCUCGACGAUACCUAAUAAAUUGAUGGAUAUCAAGACGGAAGAUAGUAGUUUUAGGGAUAACAGUAGCACCGCGGGAGAUAAUCAGUUAUCACAAGAACAAAAGAGAGAGAAAACCAAACCCAGCGUCUUCAUGUUUAUAGAGUCCGAUUCUCCCGUGGUGAGAAGACGAACGUUAUCCACCUCCAACACGGACAAGACGCAAUCAGCGAACGGCAAUGGUAACAAUAACAGUUGCGUGGCAAAGGAACUUAUGUUCAGAAAGGAGCACAAGCGUGCACAUAGCGUGUCGAUGGACGGUCGCAACAUCUCGAAGCGAUCCCAGGCAAAGACGAGCUCGUCCAGUCACUCGUUGAGUGACGCGGCUAAAGCGGAGUCUCGCAAUCAUAAAGAUUCCAAGACUCUGCAGGAUCGUGAGAGUAAUUCCAACAAUAUGGAUACAUCGUCCGAGGACAUGUUUGAGUUUGAUGUAAAGGACACUCCACCUAACUCCCAUGUGGAGAUUGAAAACGAGGAGCAAUUGCGCACUAGCGUGAACCAGUGUUGCGAAUACAAAGAUAUAAUUUCCGGUCGGACAGAAAACUUGGAAACCAACGAGACGAAAGAGUACGAGGACGAGUUCUCGGAGACCUCCGCUUGGGAAAAAACGUGUACAGAAAGCACGGAAGGACAAACUCGUAAAAGUGAGACAUUCGACAUCAGCAGCGGUAGUAGUGGGCCAUCGCCGGACAGCGAUAACCAUGACUAUGAAUUGACCGACUUGUUGAAUGGCGAAGUUUCAAAUGUCAACGAUAGGCCGCAAAUAAUAACAGCAGGAAACAAUAGUAAGAUAUCGGAGACCCGUAAGUCGCUGAGCGAGACCAUCAAGAAGAUUGAGUGCGAAUUGAAAGAGCCUGAUUACGAUAAUGUGAAACGACAAAUGUAUGAUUGUCGUCCAUCGAAAAAGGACGGGAAGACGGCCGGACAUAGUUUGAAGAAUUUGCAUUUAGAUUCCGAUAAGACAAGUACCUCCAGUUUCGUACGUUUGUCGGAUUUGGAUAAAACGCCGAUCGCUAAUUAUAAUGCAUCAGAUGUCUCGACGCACGUGAAAAACGAUAAAGACGUACAGUAUCGGAUGAGCAACAGUAUUCCGGAAACAUCGUGGAUAGAGAGCAAGCUGGCGAUGACGAGGAACAGUGGUCCGUUCAGGCCGGUUUCUAGGAAACUCGCUUCUGUCAUGAGCACAUCGCUUCCGUCUAAGCAGAAGUCCCCGCUGGAAGAUUUGACUGUGGGUGACUGCGAAGGGGAAGGAAUUAUUUCCGAAUCCGAUCUCAGCAGCAUGCAAAGCAGCAUGGGACGUUCCGGAGCGGAAGGCAGCACGGAGGAAACUGAAACGUCGAGCAUAGCUGGUGCAAAACCAUACAAUAGGCUGGGUGAGGACUUGCUGAGAAUGUUCUUGGAGGAGAUUAAUCCUGACAUUACGAUAGACGUGGCCGGCCGGCAUAUAAGGGCGCAUAAAUGUAUAUUAAGUUCUCGUUGCCAAUACUUUGCUGCAAUUUUGAGCGGCGGAUGGAUCGAGAGUGCAGGCAAUGUUAUUUCUCUGCAAGGGUAUUCUUAUAAUGCAGUUCAUUUUGCAUUGUGCCAUAUCUACAGUGGAGAAAGUAAUAUACCAGAUUCUAUAAGUAUUGUUGAAUUGGCGACGUUAGCUGAUAUGUUGUGUUUGGAAGGUCUCAAAGAAGUUAUAGGAUACACGCUUAAGCUUAAAUAUUGUCACUUGUUUCAUAAGCCUUGCCAAAUAUGUGCUGUUGGAGUAUUAGAAUGUAUGCCAUUAGCUGCAGCUUAUGGUCUGGAUGAAGUAUAUCGAAAGUCACUUAGAUGGAUUACAAAACAUUUUGUACGAAUAUGGCCAUGCAAGGCAUUUGCGACUCUCCCAAGAGAACUAAUGGAAAAAUGUUAUCAUCAGCAUAUAGUGCACAUGUCUGCCGACAAUAUACUUCAAACUAUGAUGGAUUGCGACAAACUGUUAGCGACUCUGCCAAACGUGAGAUGGGCAGAGCCAGUAUUUCGGAUGGUAUCGAAUUUAUUGGAAACAUCGAUCAAAUUCCUAUCGGAGAACUUUGCAGGCGUUCUGGGAAAUGAAAAUUUCCAGUCGCUUGGUCGCGAAAUGACAUGGAACAUUAGUCGUUUGGAAGAUAAUUUUCUAGCGGCCAUCGAACAAUUGCCACCCGAGCAAGCGUGUAAAAGUUAUUCGAAACUAAAUAAAAUGUUACUUGCAUCACAGACGGACGAUCCUCAAGGAAGGAUUAAGUGGGGAUCGCUAUUCAUCGAUUUUCUGCGCAAGCUUCAAGCUCGCGUGGAAAAAUGUUUGGUGCGCGACGCAGCACGCGCUGCGAGAACUACCAUAUGGCUGAAAAUGGAUUUAGAACUUCGCAGAAGGAUACAGGAGUUAGCUUGCCUCGUGAUCUUGCCUCAUGAGACCUCAAAGCAUCUAUCCAGACAUUCAAACUUUUUGAAGGAACCUCAGGUACCGCCUAAUCGCUCGAUGAUAAACCGCAGCUUAGAUCUGAAACGCGUAAAAAUGGCAAUUUCGGAACAUAAUGACAAAACUUUGAAGCAGAUACCAUCGUCCAAGCAAACAAAGAAAGUUUUAGGUAAGCCAAAAACGGAUCCGCUUGAGCGUAAAAUGCAAGAGGAUAAGCAAGUUGUUUCUGAAACUGCCAGACCGAAAUCGUGGCCUAAUAAGAUAGAGGUAAAAUCUAGAUACUUGGAACCAAGAAACAAGUCUGUUCCAAAAGAGAAUGUGCCCACGAUGCAUCACGAUAAAAUCGUGCAACAACGGCGCAAGAUUAUGAUUUCUUCUUCUGAUUCAUCGCGCACUUCCAGCCCAGCGAUGAAACGCGCGAUCGAUAAGAAGCCGCUGUCUAAAAUGAAGCUGCCGGUCAAGAAAGAUGUGAAAGCUCUUUCGUCAGACAGCUUAACAGAAGCAAACGCUUCUGGUCGAAGUGGCGGUAGCAAGAAAGACUUGAUCAGCAAGAGCUGCGGUAUCACAAGACCCGAAUCACCUUCCUUCAAACAAAAAACCACCGAAAUAGGAUUAUCGAUCGAUUCUUUGGAGACCAAAAGUAAACCGGCCGUCGUCAAAAAGAAGACCAACAAAAUGGAUACGUCAAUGUCUACUGACAGUCUCAUGACGGAGAUAACGGCAACCCCAAAGUCCAACGCGUCCAACAAAUUGUCACCUACCUUAGUAAAAGCUACAAGCAAAACACAGACUUACGAUAGAACGAAAAAAAGUUCGCCACCAACACAACAGAGAAGUCCAUUGACAGCCAUCAAAAGACCUCAAAGAUCACUGGAAAGUUCCACUGCUGCCAGUCGUAGCAGAGCUGCUGCCAUCAGCAGCACAUAUUACGGUUCACCAAGUUUGCGCAGGAACUUAUUAGAUGCUGCAAGGACGCCGGACGUUUCCGGCAAACCGAUGAACACAGUAGCUCCUUUCAGGACGCGACAGAUCACACAGACAAAUACUCCUCCCAACAUGAGGAGAGAAAGGAAGGAGACGCAAAACUCGCAGAGCUCUGACAGCCCCAGCAAGAAAUCCUCUCCAAAGUCUAAUGCCACUAAUAGGAUCAACAAAUCAACAAUCACUGGUAAGAGAAUUGCCAGUAGCAAGGUCGAUGACAAAGUUAAAAGGUGCCAUAACGGGGAAGCACAGAAGCAACCCACAGUAGGUUCGAGAUCCGGUACGUUUCUUAAAGAUGAACCUACAAUACUUAAAAAAGUGGACAUUAAAUCAUCGCAAAUUAAUACUUAAUGCUAUUAAUAGCUGGAUAAUCUUAUCGAUAAAAUACGCAUUGUUGAUAUAUAUACAUAUAUAUAUAUUUCCAUUUGCUGCACAUUAUGCAUUUAUUGAUAUUGCAAGAAAAAGUUUUGUUGAUAUUCUCUUUAAUUGCAUCGUAAAGAUUCCUGAGAUAUCAAAUAUUCUUCAAAUUAUCUUGCAUCUACAUAGUUAAAUGUUUAUGCAUAGUUACAAAACUGAUUUAUUCACUUUAUGUGAAAGUGUACCUGAAAUUAAUAUUACGUUUAAUACUUCUGAUAAUCAUUAUGGAUGCUAUAAUUUGUGUAUUAAUGUGCAUUAUUUAUAACUCCCCAUUUGCUAUACAUUUAAUAAAUUUAAUAUAUGUCGACAAUGCGUUAAGCAUACGUAUCUAAAAAAAUCCAGAUUGAUAGAGAUAAUUGUCGCUGGUAAUUGCAAACGUGAUAAUUCCAAUAGAGGAAUCGUGUUAUAUGUAAGAUAGAGAAAUGUAAUUUUAAUUUAAGGAAACUUGGGAUUAUCGUUAAAGGAAUACACUCGAAUUGCAUUUAUUAGUUAAAUAAAAAAUGUGCUAUAAUUAUACCUUACGGCGAUCAUUCAAAUAAUAGAACAAUUUUCAACUUUGAGUAAACAAUUUUUAAUAUUUCCUGCUCUUCUAAUAAUAAAGUAAUGUAGAUCGGAAAUUUUCUCAUUGAUGAGAAAUCAAAUAUACAGGUUAUUCCUAAGAAAAAUGUGUAUCAAUAUCAAGUCUUCGUUCUUCAUAUAAUCCGCGUAUUCGUUUUUUGGUUAGAAAAAAAUUUAUUAUUCAGAAAUUAAAUUCUCAAAACUUGCAAAUUUUUUUUCGUUUAAUAUUAGAAUUGAUAGUUUAAAAAUUUUGAUUAGUUUUAGAUAAUUCUAAUGAUCUUUACCAUUAAGUAUAAAAUCACGACACAAUAAGAUUAAUAAACUAAUUAUUGGUAUAUAACGAAAGAUUUCAUAAUGAUAUUUUAAAAGAAAUUUUGUUGAGAAGUUUAUCCAACAACAAAGACUUGUAAUCAGAUUGCACUUUUCUCGGAUUACUCUGUGUAUUGCACAAUUAGAAUAUAAGUAAAUAAGUAUGAUGACAUUGAUUAUGAACGGAUGUGUACUUAAAUGAACAGAAUCUCUCUCUUGACUACAUGUAUACAUUAAUGUCUCGUAGUACUGCACACAUGUGGCGUUUCAUAAUCUAUAGAUAAAAGAACAUGGCCAGUUACAAUUUGUUUAGAUAGCUCUUCCAUCUUACCGCAUAAAUAUGUCAUAUGAUUCCGAAUUAUUUUAUAAUAAAUAAAUGCCAUUUCAGUAGAUGCUGUUUAAUUAUUACUAAUUGAGGUUGCCAUUUUAUGAACUAAUUAAUUCCGACUGCAAGUAGCAUCCACUUCACUUGCAAUCAUUUAUCGAUGAAUUGUAUGUAUAACCAAUGUAUUUAUUUAUUAAAUUUCUAUUUUGCAAUGUACAUUUUUACGCAAUAUUUGUAUCUAGUCAUUUAUAUAUAUUUUAAUUAUUUACCUUUGUGUAAUAUUAAUAAAUAU